AUGCCAUCAGUUAUUCCAGAAAUCAAAAAAAUCAUAAAAUUAAAUAAUUUAAACGAAACGAAUAUUAAUGUAAAGCCGUUAAACUGGAUGGAUAGGAAAGAUUUACCUUUACUGAUAAAUAAUGAUAACAGGCCUUGGGAUUAUAUAAUAGCAUCUGAUAUUGUUUGGAUUGAUUAUCUGAUUGAACCUUUAAUUGAGACAUUGGAUGAUGAAAUGUUUUUUAAUGGAUUAAAGAAUCAUAAUUGGAUAAUUGAGAAAAUUGACAGCGAUGAUUUGAAUUGGGAAGAAGGAUUUUGUAAAUAUGGUCCCUUUUAUUUUAAGCAAUAA